AUGGCAGCUAGGCAGGCAAUCUCUACAGAGUCUACACCCGGUGUAUCAAACGUGGCUGGAUCUUAUGUCAUCAAGAAGAAAAACACAAAGAGCUGCGUGUGGAAGGAGUUUGGUAUAAGGUCAGAUGAGAAAGGGAAGGUCAUUGAAAGUGAAAAGGAGCGGCCGAUGUGUCUAACAUGUGGCAAAGGUGUUCAAGCAAAAGGAAGUAAUACAACUAACUUAUUUCAACAUUUACGAGACAAUCAUCCAGCCAUUUAUUCUCAGUUAGCACCGGAGAUACCGAGUAAAAGAGGAGACUCUCAUCCUGAUAAGCAGCCUAGUAUGGUACAACUUACCUUACAGGAAACUCCAAAGAGGUUGGGUAAGUACAGUGCUCACAGUUCUGAAGCAAAAGAGUUAAAUAAAGCUGUAACUUUCUACAUUGCAAAGGAUGCUAUGCCUGUUUUCACUGUUACUAAGCCAGGAUUUAAACACUUGUUGUCAAAGUUAAAUCCUAGGUAUGAGGUACCAAGCAGAAAGCAUUUCACAGAGCAUGAAAUUCCAUCACUGUAUUCUGAUAUAAGAGAUAACAAAUUCCAGCCAGCUUUUACUAAAGCUUCCUUUUUCUCUAGCACAACUGAUUUGUGGACUAGUGGGUCAUGUGAUCCCUAUUUAGCGUUCACCAUUCAUUUCAUAGAUGCUAGUUGGAAUUUGACAUCAUAUUGCUUGGAUACUGUACCUUUAUACGCUGAUCAUACGGGUGAGAACAUAGCUGAAACCACGACAGAUAUUCUGGAAAAUUGGAAUCUUGAUGUGACUAGACUUGUUGCAAUGACCACAGAUAAUGGAUCUAAUGUUGUAGCAGCAUACAGAAAUUUAAACAUUCUCAGAGUAAGCUGCUUUGGUCACAAUUUGGACCUUGCAAUUAAGAAAGGACUAGAUAUUCAACAGGUACAGAGAGCAUUAGCACGAUGUCAUUCUUUGGUUGAGCUAUUUCAUCGUAGUUGGAAGAAAACAAGAGACUUACGUGAGAAGCAACGGCAACUUGAUCUCCCUCAACACAAGAUAAUGGGAGACGUAUCUACUCGUCGGGGGUCUACGUUUUCCAUGAUUUCUCGUAUACUAGAGCAGCAGCAAGCAAUAUCUGCUGUCAUUGCAGAUGAAAGAAAGUAUUGGCAUAAAAUGCCUAAUGAUGCUGAAUUUACAACUUUGGAAAUUGUUUAUGAUGUACUUAAGCCAUUGUCAAGUUUAACUGAUGCUCUUGCUGGAGAAAAACAAGUUACAGCAUCAGCAGUUAUUCCAGUAUCGAAGCAUGUCAAAAGCGUACUAGAGCCAGAAAGUGCUGAUAACCAGCUGAAGGCAAGAAUGAAGAAUAUUAUAUGGUCUGAUUUACAGAAUAGAUAUGGAGAGGACGAAGAUUUUUAUAAUACUCUUAGUCUUGCUUCAUUUGUUGACCCACGAUUUAAGCACCGACAUUUAGAGAGAAAAGAAGAAAUAGUUGAAGUUAUGAAAAAGGAAUGUAUGGAAUUUUACUCACCACCUUGCAGUACCACUACAACAACACAGGUGCUAGAGCCUCCUCCUUCAAAGAAGCUCAAAGGCUUAGCAGGAUUACUUGCAAGUAUUGAGAAAGAUGACCAAACCACAUCACAAUCACAUUCAACUCUCAGUCCUGAGGAGAAGAUAAACUUAGAGAUUACUCUAUAUCUGGAGGCUCCUUUUUUGGAACCAGAGGGUGAUCCUUUGAGUUGGUCGAGAAGAGAAGAUGUGCGGUAUCCAACUAUAGCUCAAGUGGCAAGGAAGUACUUGUCGAUUUGUGGGACAAGUGUCCCUUCUGAAAGGAUGUUUAGUCUAUCUGGCCACAUAGCCAGUGACUCUCGUAAUCGUCUACUACCAGAAAAUGUCAAUAAACUUGUUUUUUUUGGCUAA